AUGAAGAUGCAUCAUUUUUAUGAGGAAAGUGAUGAAAUGUCUCUGGAUGAAGAACAGAAAAUAAGUGGCUGGCGUUGUGGUGUGCAGUCAUUCGAUCUAACUUCAAAUGGUCGGACGGCCGCUUUAGUUGGUGUUGAUUCAACAUUGAAUUACGUGUCAAUUUCUUAUGAGGAUAAAACAUCAUCACUGCACUCAUUCAACAAUGGCACUAUGCAAAUAUGGCAUUUGCUGUUCGCGCCUGAUCGUGAACAUUUCCUUACCGUGAAUUUCUCUGGCUCAUUAACACUGCUCGAUAUGAACGGACAAGUCACAAAAUCGGGUACCUUCAAUGCUGUUCGACAGAUUUCUGUUAUUGCAUAUAGUGCCGAUGGUGCAUCGAUAGCGGUCGCGAAUAAUGAAGGUGUUGUUACCAUUGUGUCUGCGUCAACACUCGUUUCACGUUUCUUUUUUGAAGCACACGCUCUUAAAAUUCGUGCGAUGCGUUUUUCUCCAGAUUCCACAUCGUUACUGACUGGAUCAGAUGAUAAAACAAUUAAACUGCAUCAAAUAGGUGCUACAAAAUCACAACUGAAGCGAAGUUUUUGCGCUCAUCGAAGUAGUAUCACUGCAUUGCGCUAUGAUCACUACAUUGACGGUGAGAGAUUCGCAAGUUGUUCGAAUGAUUCGAUGAUAAUCGUUUGGAAUUCGUCUACGGGUCAGCAAUUGCACACGUUCAGUGCCUCCCAUGAUGGUGUGGUGAACGAUAUAGCGUUUUCAUUUAGUAAUCAGUAUUUGGUGAGUGUUGGUAGUGAUCGAUCGUUGUGUAUUCAUCGUAUCGACAAUAAACUGCGAUUCGAGUCGCAAACGCAGUCGUCACAAGAGAGUAUACUCACUGACAGCCAACAGCCACAAAUGCAGGAUUAUGAUCGUUUGGCAGCAUCGAUUUAUGCUGAAAGUGGAAUGUCUCAAGUGAACGAUGAAGAGAUGAAAGAACAUUACAGCGCACCACAACAUAAUCUAUCACCAACAGCCAGCCCAGUCGACUAUAACACGUAUAUACCCAGUACAGUACAACUUACUUCCAGUUAUCACCCAACAGGACUGAGGCGCGGGGUGGAUGAGGACGAAGAAGACGAAUUACUGGCUAGAGCACGACGAGAUCUUGAAGCAGUGAGCAAUGAAUAG